ACAAAAUACUCACCGCACACUUUCGCUUACUUGCCGUUCAAUAAUCAUCAGCUCUGCGCUUCAAUCUGCCAGCUUUUGUUCGUCAGCACCUCUCACAUGUCCCUGAGGUGCUGAGCAAUUUGGUUGCAGACCAGCAUUUGUAGCACAACUUUUUUGUAAAAUGUUACCUUUCUGUAGGUUUUAACAAAUUUAUUUCAAUAUCUAACUCGCCAAUUUCAAGUAUUUGCAUACCUUUUGUCAUACUCGUGCAUAUCCACGUUGUACCUAGAGACAGCAUUUGCGCGCUUAUCUUCAUGCUGUUGUCUACAUAGUAUCUUUAGCAUCAUGCUCUGGCGUUCACUUUGCUACACUUGAAAUAAUUUUCCAAGUUAAUCCUGGUCCAAAUUUUUUUAUAAUUCAAUGAUUUUUGUUUUUAAGAAGAUGAUGCAUAUAGAAUUAUAGUAAAAUAGUGAUGUCACCUAUACCACUCUGGUACUCUUAUUUACUCUCUGCCACUUAUUUUAGCGCUCUCUUACUCUCUGUUAUGCCUACAGGUUUCUUGUUUGUUCGUUUAUAAAUUACACAACUGUACAUACGAGUAUGCAAUUUCUUAAUAUUUCUGCUAAAGCUACCUACAAUUGUGUAAAAGGUGUGCCCUAGUGAAGAAAUAUGGAAAAUUUGCGCAGAAACGAUGUAAUUUUAGAAAAUCCGUCGAGCGGAAAAGUUUUGAAUAGGGACUGAGCUGGUUAUCGGCAACUUUAAUGCAUAACUCAGAGUAAAUACUCUUACCCACAAGCCACAAAAUGAUGGAAGUUAAACAGAGUACACCGACCGACUUCAACAAGCUGUCAACAGCGAGCAGUAAUGGCAAGCCUGAUGACUUAGAUGUCAUGUCGGAAUUGGAGACAACAAAACUGAAAAGUGAUUUAUUAAAUACAAACGAUCUACCACAGAAUGGUUUAAUCGGUGACGUUUCAAACGGUUUCGCCGAUGCCGGUGAUGGUCUGGAUCUCGAUGAACUCAUCGAUUUAAAUGAGGCUGUAAACCCUGAAUUGGAAGAGGAGCUGUUGCGUGAGGAUGACGAUGAUAGUGGCGCAAAUGUGGUUGAUAAAUUGCUGGCUGAGGUGGUGCCGAAAGCGGCAGCUGCACUCGGUGAAAAGACUGAUAAGGUCGAGGAGAGUACAACAACAGUGACAACUAGUCUGCACAAUACAGGCGAUGAUCUUGAUAAGUUAAUCUCGAAAAUUAACGAUCUCGAAGAUUGCAUUGAGACAUCGUCCUCGGACAAGGAGGAGGCAGUAAGCAGUUGCGCGGAUGGCGCUGAGGUAGCGGAGGCAGAAGUAUCUGCUAAAGACGCACAACAAAACGAAGAGUCAGUGGAGAAAGAGGAAGUAGAAAGGUCCGAGAUUGCUGAAGAAGUUAGUAAGCCAGUUAAUGAUGGUGUAGAACCCGAAGUUAAUGAAGAAAAUGAAAAAAGUAUUGAGGAGAUGAAUGCAAAGGAAGACAAAGAAGUGGGUAAGCCUGAAAAUAGUGAUAAAGCGACCAUAAAUGAAGAUAAUGAUAAGGUGAAGAAAGUGGAAAGUGAAAAACAAAAAAACAAUAAAGCAGAUGGAACGGCGGAAAAAGUGGAAACUGAGGAAGAUUGUAAUGAAAUUAGUGGUGAGAUUAUAGAAGAAAGUCCGGACAAAAUUGUUAGCGCAGCUAAAGAGUCAACUGGAAAGUUCAUAGAAGAAGUCGAAAAUGUAGAAAAGAACAUUGAAGAAUUAGUUAAAAGCAAAGAUAUUGUGAAAACAGUAACAACCGCGGAAACCCGAAAAAAUGAAGAUAAAGAGUGCAUAAAUGCCGAUAUAACUGAUGUGGAGGCAGCUGAAACUGAUAAGCAGUCGGAAAGUCUUAAUGCUAAAGGCAAAUCUGCAGACGCGGAAGAUUCCGAUGACGACAUUAUUUUCUUUGUUGACAAAAAGGAGGCGGAGGAGAAGAAGGAAGCCGAAGUUGAUGCAAACAAAAAAGUUGUUGAUAAGGAUGCCAAAUCAAUGGAUGUAGAUGACGAUGAUGAUGUUGUAUUAUUGCUCGACGAUGACGAGGAAUCGUCGCACACGGAGGAAAAAAGCAAGGAUGCUACGGAAAAAGCAGAAACGAUGGAAACUGAUAAAAGUGAAAGUGCUGCAGAGGAAACAAAGUCCAAACUAAUAGAUAGUGGUGAGACAGAAAUUGAACAAAAAACGGAUAAAGACCAGAAUGUAGCUGAUAAAACAGCGCUACAGUCAGACAAUUCCGAUAAUGCCUGUGACAAGUUUGAAAGUGAGAAAUCUGCAACAACGUCUCAAAAAGACGACGAAACAAAAUCCAAAUCUUCAGAUGUUGUCGAUGAGACAAAUAGCAAUUGUAGUAGCAGCAGCAAUUUGUUACAAGAAACACGUACUAUUGAAAAGAUCGGUACAGCUGGCAGCACUGGUGGUGACGAUGAUGCCGAUGCGGCAGAUGAGCAGGAGAAUGAAGAUGACGCUGACGAUGCUGAGAGUAGCAGCGCCAUAGAACUCGUGGAGGACGAUAGUCGUGCUGGAGGUGAGGAGAAGACAACCGAAGAGCCACCAAAUAAACGUUUACGUAUGAGUGUUGAGGGUGAUGACAGCAUGAAAGCUGAGCAAUCGGAAGAAUCGCGCAGCAGCAAUAAAUCCGCCGACUCUGCGCCCAAAGACGAGGAGGUAAUUAAGAUCGCAGAGGACAGUAAUGAUGGCGAGAACAGUGUAAAAUCGCAGGGACAGUCAACAGCUGUUGCUACAAAGCGAACGCACGAUGAGGUUGAACAGAAAAGCGCAGAAGAAACUAAAUCCGAUACGGUAGAAGAGGUGGCAAAUAAAAGGACUAAAAUGGAGGAAUCAGCUAACACCGAGGACGCUAUAAAAACGGAAACAGUGAAAGUGACUGAAGGCGGUGUGGUCGCGGAUGGAAAAUCAGCUGUUGAAAGCAAAGUGUCCCAAUCGGAAACGCCGGAUGAAAAAACCGAUUUUGGAAAAGUAUUGCCACAACUGCGUGCUAUAGCCUCAGACAUUCCAAUUCCACUCUAUCCAGCACCGAAAUUCUCAAACGACACACCAACUUUAAGUUUGGACUUUUUCAAACGGUUUCGCAAGAACUUCGACAAACUCACCAAAUCCGAUUUGGAGGAGUUGGUGCUGCAGAAAGUCGUUGAGGCCAUCGUGCACAAAAGUGAAUUCGCCGAAAUGCGCGAAACUAUCGACAGACAAGAGAAGCAAAUCACCUCGCAUCGUGCGAAAAUCGCUGAAAUCUCAAAACAGUUUCGUGAUUUGGAAAUGGUGCACAAUCGGGUGUUGAAAGAUAUCGAAACGAAGAAUUCACAAUUCAUUAUGCCCGUCAAAAUCACACGUGCUGUCGGUCUGCAAGUGUACGUGCCCACUAAGCGUGGCGCCGAUGCUGUUGCCUCCACUAGCCAUGCUCAUGUGUCCACAUCACCGCAACGCGGUCAAAUGCCACCACCGUCAUCGCCGCCACGUCAGCCAAAUAGUACGCCCGAAACGCGUUCGGGUAAUACGGCGCUGACCACAGCCGCAGUGGCGGCUGCCAUGAAUGCACGACGUGGUUGUGUACAAAAGGUUACGCCACAGCGGCCAGUGGAUAACGGCAUGUCACCAACGCCGCGCCCGCCCUCGUAUCGCAUAAAUACUGGUGUUUUGCAAACGGCCUUGACACAGGGUUCCCAAACUACAGCCGCAGCAGCGACGUCGUCGCAACAAGCUGCCGGCAUGCCACGCGUGUUGAACAAAGGUGUGGCGUCGGGACAACAACGGCCUGUCCGCUUCCCUAGCAAUGAACAAAUGCGUGCACAACAGCUACAGCAACAACAACAAUACGCGCGACAGCAAACGCAAAACGCCAAUAUUCGCAAAUUGGUUCCAAAACAGAAUGCUGGUUGCUUACCCCCGCAACAGUCACAGUUCCGACGUCCCGUCGAAGCGACGACUGCAUUGCCUGCCACACCCGUGGAUCACUACAUGAACCAGUUGAGUCAGGCUUCACCAGCAGUCGGCAGUGUGACAAUAACUUCGGCCAAACCGAAGGAAAAAGCAGUCAUCGAUCUGACCGAUGAGGAUGAGGUGGCCAGCGCUGCGGCGUCAACGCCACCAAUGCAGCGUGGCGUCAACACCAACACACAGACAUUGAAUAGCGCGCGUGCAGUGCCACCACUUACACGCAUGCCGCACAGUCAAUCGCCAACAGUGCGUCCGACCGCGGUAAAUGUGCGUCAACAGCCUGCGUCCAAAGCGAAUAACAGUGCACUCAUGUCAAAUAUAUCCACGCCGCCCGGCACCAGCAUUACGCGUGUGCACAUAAGUCCAGCGAAUAUACCAGCGCCGGUGCGCAAAUACAAUCACCCCGCGCCACUGCCAAACACACCGCCGCAACCCUUCAAUCCGGGCUGGAAGCUGCCACCGCCGCGUCCCACCAUACGCAUCAGCAACCUGGAGAACGGCAUUGUCAUCUCGUGGACCAUGGAAGAUUCCAUGGAGCGUUUUGCCGAGUGCGUCACCUAUCAGAUUUACGCCUACCAAGAGACAUCUGGUCCGCCAGCGGUUGACUCAUGGCGCCAUGUGGGCGAUGUGAAAGCGAUGUUACUGCCCAUGGCCGUUACACUGACGCAGUUUCAGGAAGGUCAACGUUACUACUUUGCGGUGCGCGCGGUGGAUGAGCACAAGCGUCUGGGACCAUAUAGUUUACCCAAAACAUGGACUUAAGUACUUGGCUGGAAGUUUUAAAUUUUUAGACACGGUAGUUAAGUGUGGGGAAAUAGAGAGCAUGAUUUUUCGUUGUUAAGCUUUUAUUUUAUUUUAUUUUGUUACUCAAUUUUCACACAUUAGUUAAGUGUUUUAAUUAUAGGCCUCACAACCUCAUAUUUAUUGUUUAAUGGAAGCAGGAAUAACUUAUGUGCGAGUUUGUAAUAUAAUAUAAAUAAUAUAAUUGUAGUUACUAUAAGUUUCUUUUGAACUAAAAACAAAAACAAUAACAAAUAAAACA